AGUGCCGCUUUAUCAAUAAUAAUAUGAUGUUAAUUCUAUUUUACAUUCUUCAAACAGUAAACCAAUAAUUUUAUAUUAAAAAUGCCAUUACUUAAAUAACAAUAAUAAAAAAUAUCUGCUAAAGACCACAAAAAACAUUUAUGUACAGAAAAAGCUCAUCCAGACUUAUGUUUAGAUUGUUGAACAGAACAUAUAUAAUUUUUACUGAAAAUGACUGAAAAUUGGCCUAAAGUACACACAUUUCGAGUUGCUAUAAGGGUUCGACCAUUUUUAAAACAUGAAACUGGUAAUGUGCCAGCUAUUAGGUUCUUACCUAACGAUCCUCAGAUGCUUGUUGCUGAUGAUAAACCAUUUGUGUUUGAUCAUAUAUACAAUGAGGAAUCUCAAGAAAACUUUUAUGCAUCGCUCAUAUAUCCUAUGGUCACAAAGUUAUUGGAAGGAUAUCAUUGUACGAUAAUGGCUUAUGGCCACACAGGAACUGGUAAAACACACACUAUGGGCAGUGGGAUUAAUGCUGAAGAUGGUGUAAAUGCUGGCUUAUUACAAAGAUCGCUCAAUGACAUCUUUCUUAGAGCUGCUCAAAAUUCUGUAUAUUUUUCGAUUUCAAUAUCUGGAAUUGAAAUAUAUAAUGAUAAGGCAUAUGAUUUGCUAGGAGAUGCUGAAAGACCUCUGAAAGUUGCUAGAAUGUGUUCUGCGUCAUCCCAUCUCGUGAGAAGUCCCAAUGAAGCUGUGCAAUAUUUCAGGAAAGGUAUUUUAGCACGUCAUACAAGAAGCACCAAAUUAAAUCAACAGAGUUCUAGAUCGCAUGCUUUAUUUACCGUCAACUGUAAUAUCAAAAAUGGUAAUCACGAAACAAAUGCCUGUUUGCACUUAGUUGAUUUGGCAGGAACGGAGGGUGUUAGAGAAACAGGACAUGAAGGAGCGGCAUUUACAGAAGGAAUCAAGAUCAAUCAAAGUUUAUUGGGUUUACAUUUGUUACUUCGUAAUCUUGCCAAAAGUGAAAAUACAGUUAGUUAUAGAGAGUCAGUAUUAACAACUUUGUUACAAGAUGCUUUAAAUAGUAACAAUUAUGUAACACUUAUUGGUUGUAUAAGUCCGUCUAUGGAGCAUAUAAAACGAACUAUAACAACUUUAGAAUUUGUUUCUGGAGCCAAAAGUGUUCGUAGUAAACCCCUCUUACAGCUCCAAUAUAAUGAGUAUAAGAAGGAAAACAAAUGCGAUGGUGAUCAUACUAAGGACGAUACGAUGUUUCUUGUACCAAAAACACCAAAAUUCAAAAGGCCUCCUUUUGGCAAGCAUACACCCACAUUAAAUCAAGCCAGAACGAUUGGAAAAACAACAGCGGUUUCCAAAUCUUGCACAGAAUCACCAAUGCCUACAAGAAAACCAUUUACACCUAUCCAAAAAAAUAAUACAUUCAGUACCCCACAAAAAAUAUAUCAGAAAACAACGAAAUUCAAUAGUACAACUGAUUGCACACCAACGAGAAUUAAACAAAUCAGUAGCACACCUGCUGCCAGAAUGGAAAUGGUCACCCCAAAACAAACACCAAUUCCUUUAGAUUAUUCAGGAUUUAUUACUGAUAUGUCUAGAAUAUCUACUUCUUCACAUGCUAGUGCCUUUGGUAACUCAAAAACGUACAGUCCUGAGAUUGAAAUUUUGCGUGAAAAUAUGCACGCGAUUAUGUCUCGAUUAGAAGGUCUUGAAAAACAAAAUAAAGAAAAUGUUAAAAAAGAUAAAACAGAUAUCACUUUAACAGCAAUGGAAAAUGUAACUGAUCUUGAAAGCUGUUCUUUGGACAACACAUUACUUCAAAGCACUAUAUUAGAAAAUCCUGUUAAAUCAAAUAAAAAAGUUCGUAGGUCUAUCCGAAUACAACACAAAAAAAAUAUGACGGUAUUAAAUAAUAAGAUGAACCAAACCAGAAUGAUUUCUGUGGCCAGUGUGCAAGGAAACAAGACAAUUGGUGUGCCUCAUCACCCUGUGCCAUCAAACAAUGCACAUUUAACUAUUAACUUAACUAUGGAUAAAAUGGGCAAUCCUGUAAUACUUGAUGCAUAUGGAGUCCCUAAUAGAAACAAUGUGUACAAAUCAAAAUCAAAAGAACAUCUUAAAAAAUUGAGGCACAGUUUAUCAAAAAAUUCUCAACCAGUCACUAAAUUGUUAUUACAUACUUUAAAUACAUCAUCUGCCAAGGAUAUGCAAGUCUUAGAAACCGUAGGACCAGUCACUGCACAACUUAUUGUUGAACACAGGGAAAGAAUUGGAAAAUUUCGAUGUUUACAAGAAUUAAAGGAUAUUCCAUUUUGGAAGCAAAAGUCUUUUGAACGCUUCUUGUCAGCUUAUAAUUUAUAA